AUGAACUAUCACAGAUAUUCCAUUCGCCAAAAGAGGAAAGAUCUUCCUGUGCCCAAGCACUUUAUUGAAGCUGGACACAGGGAAAAGGACCUCAAAUUCAGGGUAAUAGAUCAUAUCCCACCACUGAAAAGGGGAGAUAAAUCUGUAGAUGAGCCCAAUGACCCUUUAUCUGUUUCAUUACAUGGAGCCGCCUAUGGACCCUUGAACACGCCGGUGAAUGAAGUGACCAUAGAGAGGAGAUUAGAUGGACGGUGGCGGAUGUGUGUCCAAGUGGGCGACUUGAUGCGCAAUGUGUCUAUUGACCUCUAUAAAUUGGGAGGCAUUUGCCUAUUAGGAAUAGGAAUAUGGAUUGUUACUGAUCCUGAUGGAUUCCAGACUCUUAUCACUUCGAACCCUUUAUUAAGUGCUGGUGGCUACACCCUACUUAUUGUUGGGCUGGCACUUUCACUGCUUGGAUUCCUAGGAUGUUUUGGAGCAAUCCGAGAGAAUAAACCACUGCUCUUAGUGUUUUUUAUACUUAUUUUACUCUUCUUCACUGUGGAACUUGUUGGUAUUAUUAUCACCUUAUCCUAUCAGAAAAUGAUUAAAGAAGAUCAUUUUCUUCUUGAGUUGCAGAAGUAUUACAAAGGAGACAAUUCUUCUGAAGUUUUCAGCCAGUCCUGGAAUACCAUUAUGAUUGCACUGUCCUGCUGUGGUAUAUCUGGAUUAAAUGACUUUGAUAACAGAUCCCAUUUCCACCACCUAUAUCCUUUUGAACCAUGGCCAGAAGCUUGCUGCACGCGUGACAACCCAGUUAUAUCUGGAAUCAUAAAGGAUAAACAGAAGUGCAUGGAGAAUAUGCCAGACUACACUAAUAAUCAGGGCUGUUUUAUUACCAUUGCUAAAGGUUUGAAGAAAUAUAUUUCCAUAUCUGGAGCUGUCGGCCUAGGUGUACUUGGAGUUGAGAUGUUCUCCAUGUUCUUUUCACUUUGUCUAUAUUAUAACUUUGACUAG